AUGCAAGCCGAAGGCCACACAUUUGACAACUUUCUCACACAGCUGAGAAAGGCAGUAAAAACUACUAGUUACCAAAACCAAGAUGAAAUGGUAAGAGGUAGAAUAGUAAUGAGUAUAUGGGACAACAAUACCCAAGAAAAACUACUAAGUGAACCAAAACUAACAUUGACAAAGGCUAUUGAAUUCUGUAGGGCAGUUGAGGUCAGUAAAUCACAAUCCAAAGCUCUUCAAAGUGAACUAGGGGUUAAUGCAUUGAGAAGUAAGCCAUCAUCAUCGUCAACACCUAAUUUGAACCAGAGCAGUUGCCAUAGAUGUGGAUACAAACACAAGGAAAAUGCAAAUUGUCCAGCGAUUGGUAAAAGUUGUGCCAAAUGCCAAAAGCCAAAUUACUUUGCUUCAGUAUGUAAACUUGAUGAAAAGAAGAAAGAAAAGGAUAGAAGCUGA